CGAGCUCGCGCGAGCCCGGCUGGAGGCGGAGCUGAAGGGGCCGGAUAACACGUCACGGAGCGCGUUGCGUCACGUCGUAGCGGGCGGGGCGACCGGGCCUGGUUUCCUGGGCGACCGCCGCUGGCUGGUCCCUGAGCCGGGUGCGGGCAUCGCCGGCAUGGGGACUCCUCCCGGCCUGCAGGCCGACUGCGAGGUGCUGCUCAGCCGCUUCCAGGAGACGGACAGCGUGCGCUUCGAGGACUUCACGGAGCUCUGGAGGAGCAUGAAGUUCGGGACCAUCUUCUGUGGUAGAAUGAGAAAUUUAGAAAAGAACACGUUUACAAAAGAAGCUUUAGCUUUGGCUUGGCGAUAUUUUUUACCUCCAUACACCUUCCAGAUCAGAGUUGGUGCUUUGUAUCUGCUAUAUGGAUUGUAUAACACACAGCUGUGUCAACCAAAACAAAAGGUUAGAGUUGCCCUGAAGGAUUGGGAUGAAAUUUUAAAAUUUCAGCAAGAUUUGGUAAAUGCACAACAUUUUGACGCAGCUUAUAUUUUUAGGAAGCUACGACUAGACAAAGCAUUUCACUUUACAGCAAUGCCCAAAUUGCUGUCAUAUAGAAUGAAGAAAAAAAUUCAACGAGCUGAAGUUACAGAAGAAUUUAAGGACCCAAAUGAUCGUGUCAUGAAACUUAUCACUUCUGAUGUAUUAGAGGAAAUGCUGAAUGUUCAUGAUCAUUAUCAGAACAUGAAACAUAUAAUUUCAGCUGAUAAGUCCAAUCCAGACAAAGCCCUCAGCUUGAUAAAGGAUGAUUUCUUUGACAAUAUUAAGAACAUAGUUUUGGAGCAUCAGCAGUGGCACAAAGACAGAAAGAAUCCAUCCUUAAAAUCAAAAGUUAAAGAUGGAGAAGAAAAGAGGGAAGGAAAUUCACGAGAAUCAGAGAGAUGUGAAAGGGCAGAAUCAUUAGCGAAAAUAAAAUCAAAGGCCUUUUCAGUUGUUGUUCAGGCUUCCAAGUCAAGAAGGCAUCGCCAAGUCAAACUGGACUCUUCUGACUCUGAUUCUGCAUCUGGUCAAGGACAAAUCAAAACAACUAGGAAAAAAAGAAACAAAGAAACAUUGAAAUCAGCAGGAAGGAAGAUGUCUUCCAGAAACAGAGAUGAUAUGCAGAAUGUACAUAAGGAAGAUAAAUCUUUAAGUCUGAGUAUGCCUGUAAUUACGGAAGAGGAAGAGGAUAAUGCAAGUUUUAGUGAAACAGAGUUUACUACACUCAAGAGGAAAAGAAAACACAGAACAAAGAGCCUGGUGUCGAGUUCUUAAUUGUGAGCUUUCUGACAGACGAGAAGAUUUAUAUUUUGUGUAUUGCACAGGAAGACUGCCAGUAUUAAAAAUAAUUCUUCUGGGAAACUGUAGGUUAUUUCUUUGAAAUGGCAAUACUUUAAUACAGUUCUAGAAUAAAAGUACAAAAAAUUAGAGUAAGACUUCACUCUGAAAUUUAAUUUUAAUAUUUUCUUGUAUGAAAUCUGCAUCAUUGGAGAUGUAUGAAAUCUGUAUCAUUGGAGAUAAGAUUUGGAUUUAGACUAUAAUAGAAAUAAUACUGUUAUUUGCAGAUUAUUAUUAUUUCUUACCACUUUAGUGGUAUUAUACUGUCUUAGUACAGUUGUGGUAAUAUUAACUAUUCACUUUAAAAUCUUUUUUCUUGAAAUAUUAAUGUAUUACA